CUCCUUUAUCCAGGGAAGACGAUGAAGCUGUAGAGAUGCUGCCUUACGUCAUUGCCACCCUGGGCUCAGUAGGGGCCCCUUGCAAAACUCCCACAUGCAACAACAACAACAGCACUACCAAGGACUACUGCUACAGUGCACGCAUCCGCAGCACUGUGCUGCAGGGGCUGCCCUUUGGUGGGGUGCCCACUGUCCUAGCCCUUGACUUUAUGUGCUUUCUCGCACUGUUGUUUGUCUUUUCAAUUUUACGUAAAGUUGCUUGGGACUAUGGACGCCUGGCCCUGGUGACUGAUGCUGACAGGCGCCGACGCUGGGAGACGGAAAGAGAGGAGCGGGAAUACAUAGCCUCCGCCCUGCAUUCUGACAACCAUGACCGCUAUGAGCGCCUCACCUCUGUAUCCAGCUCUGUGGACUUCGACCAGAGGGACAAUGGUUUCUGCUCCUGGCUGACGGCCAUCUUCAGGAUAAAGGAUGAUGAGAUCCGGGAUAAAUGCGGGGUUGAUGCAGUGCACUACCUGUCCUUCCAGAGGCACAUCAUUGGGCUGCUCGUGGUCGUGGGUGUGCUGUCUGUGGGCAUCGUGUUACCUGUCAACUUCUCAGGGGACCUGCUAGAAAACAAUGCCUACAGCUUUGGGAGGACAACUAUCGCUAACCUGAAGUCUGGGAAUAACCUGCUGUGGCUGCACACCACGUUUGCUUUCCUGUACCUGCUGCUGACAGUGUACAGCAUGCGCCGGCAUACUUCUAAGAUGCGCUACAAAGAGGAUGACUUGGUUAAGCGAACUCUAUUCAUCAAUGGGAUCUCGAAAUAUGCUGAGCCAGAGAAGAUCAAGAAGCAUUUUGAGGAGGCCUAUGCCAAUUGCACUGUCCUGGAGGCCCGUCCCUGCUAUGAUGUUGCUCGACUGAUGUUUCUUGAUGCAGAGAGGAAGAAAGCUGAGCGUGGGCGAAUCUAUUUUACCAACCUGCAGAGCAAGGACAACACCCCAUCCAUGAUCAACCCCAAGCCCUGUGGCCACCUGUGCUGCUGUGUCAUCAGGGGCUGUGAGGAGGUGGAGGCUAUUGAGUAUUAUACCAAGCUGGAGGAGAAGCUCAAAGAUGAUUACAAGCGGGAGAAGGAGAAGGUUAAUGAAAAGCCUCUGGGGAUGGCCUUUGUCACCUUCCACAAUGAGACCAUCACAGCCAUAAUUCUCAAAGAUUUCAACGCUUGUAAGUGCCAGGGCUGUGCAUGCCGUGGGGAGCCCAGAGCGUCCUCCUGCAGUGAGUCCCUCCAUGUCUCCAACUGGACUGUCAGUUAUGCUCCUGACCCACAAAACAUCUACUGGGAACACCUCUCCAUCCGGGGCUUUGUAUGGUGGAUCCGCUGCUUUGUGAUUAAUGUGGUCCUCUUCAUCCUUCUCUUCUUUCUCACCACUCCUGCUAUCAUCAUCACCACUAUGGACAAGUUCAAUGUCACCAAGCCUGUGGAGUACCUCAAUAACCCAAUCAUCACGCAGUUCUUCCCCACCCUGCUGCUGUGGUGCUUCUCUGCUCUUCUGCCCACCAUUGUAUACUACUCUGCCUUUUUCGAAGCACACUGGACCAGGUCUGGAGAGAAUAGGACAACCAUGCACAAGUGUUAUACCUUCCUAAUCUUCAUGGUCUUGCUGCUGCCGUCACUGGGCCUGAGCAGCUUGGAUGUAUUUUUCCGCUGGUUGUUUGACAAAAAGUUCCUUGCUGAAGCUGCUGUGCGAUUUGAGUGUGUGUUCCUGCCAGACAAUGGGGCUUUCUUUGUCAACUAUGUUAUCGCCUCUGCCUUCAUCGGGAAUGCCAUGGACCUGCUGCGCAUCCCUGGUUUGCUCAUGUACAUGAUACGCCUCUGCCUGGCCCGCUCGGCGGCCGAGCGGAGGAACGUCAAACGACACCAGGCCUAUGAGUUCCAGUUUGGGGCUGCUUACGCUUGGAUGAUGUGUGUCUUCACUGUAGUCAUGACAUACAGCAUCACCUGCCCCAUCAUCGUCCCUUUUGGGCUCAUGUACAUGCUGCUUAAGCACCUGGUGGACCGAUACAACCUGUAUUAUGCUUACUUGCCUGCCAAGCUGGACAAGAAGAUCCAUUCAGGGGCUGUGAAUCAGGUAGUGGCAGCCCCCAUCCUCUGCCUCUUCUGGCUUCUCUUCUUCUCCACAGUGCGCACAGGGUUCCUGGCACCCACUUCCAUGUUCACCUUUGUGGUCCUCGUAAUCACCAUUGUGAUCUGCCUGUGUCACGUCUGCUUUGGGCAUUUCAAAUACCUCAGUGCUCACAACUACAAGAUUGACCACACAGAAGUGGAUGCCAUGGACAACAGGCAGAACGGGAGACCUGCUACCAAUCUGCCUGCUCCCAAAUCAGCUAAGUACAUCGCCCAAGUGCUGCAGGACUCCUCACCAGAGGGCGAAGCAACAGAGUCAGAGGAGCAGGGAUCACAGGAUGAGGAGCUCAUCAAUGCAGAUGGCAUGAAUGACACAGAUUUCCAGUCGUGUGAGGACAGCCUGAUAGAGAAUGAGAUCCACCAGUAGGGACCUCAAAGGGUGGGAGGGGAAGGAGGCCCAGCAGCAGGGCAGGCUGUGUGCACAGAGACCUGGGAAGAGGUACCUGAGGGUGCUGGCUACUGCCCUCACCCUCCCGCCCCCAGGGCCGCUGCCUUCAGUGAGGGCAGGGGCCCUGCUGCAAGCUCUCCAUCUCCCUGCCCCUCCACCCCUGCGCCAGCCUGGCUGCUCGGCAGGCAUGCUCUUUACUAGCUACCUUCUUCAACACAUCUCUGGACCCCAGACUCCCAGAGGCUGGGGAGGAGGGGGACCAUAACCCCCUGCGGUGCUGCCCUGGACCUGCAGGGAGGAGGAAAGCUGAGUGCUUUUUGGGAAGGGGCAGAAGGGGAACAUUUGGGGUCUUCUGAGCAGGCAACUGUAUCCCCUGUCUUGCUGGUGGGAAACACUAAUAAUUUAUUAGAUUUACAAGAAGGUGAUAAAUUAAAAACUUCAGUCAGUCCAUUGGAAACCCCACCCAGGGACGGGUUGGCUUUUGUUGCACCUUCUGUUCCUGUGUGUGCCCUUUCUCAACUGCUUCCAGCAUCCAGUUGGUGUGGCAUCCCAGGGGCCUGUCCAGGCGCAGGGGUGGUGACAGCCUUCCCCCUCACCACAGGGAUGGUGACAGUGACAGCCUGGCUUUGCGAUCAAGGGUGGCAUCAUGCUGGGGAAGGGGCACUGGGUUGGCAUGAGCCAGACAGGCCCUUGCAGGGUGAGGGGUGCUGAGGGCAUUUCUCAUGAGCAGGAGGCGGCGCAGGCAGCCUCUCCACCAGGGGCACAGGCAGGGGUUUGCAGCAUCGUUUAAAGUGGCAUUUUACUUUGCACAUUUUACUCCACUUUCAAACAAAUCAAGCAGGGUCAGGCUUGGGGGUGGGGGGGUGUUGUAUGGGGGUCUCCUGGGUGCCAGGGAGAUGGAAGAAAGGGUCUUAGGCUACAGGUCCUCAACACCCUGCAAGAUCAGCACUGCUUGGUUGCAGUGAGGCCCCAUGGGCUUCCUUCCCCAAGCUGUUGCAGGGUCUUCCCCAGCUGAGGUGGUCAGAGAAGGAGGAAGCCCUUGGGAGAGCAGCCCCUAGGAGCUGUCUCCAGCCAAGACCACCAUCUUCAGGAGCACAAACACCUCAUGGGGCUGUGCUGCUUUUCUUCACCUGCCCUGACUGAUGUAGGCUCCCCUGCCUGAGAGGGGGGUUGUUCCUCCCCUACCUCUUGCCCUUGCCCUCCUCCCUGUUGAUAGCUCUGUCCCAGUGGCAGGCAGGGAACAGGAUGGGUGGGAGAGGUGGACUGGAGCCCCUGGCACAUGGAAGAAGGACUGACCCUGUUUAAAGACACUUUGUGAGGAGGUUUCUGGUCAGUAUCAGUUGCCCUCAAUUGCUUCCCCCCUCCCCUUGUGUAAAAUAUAAAGGAAAAUAAUAAAUCCCUCUACUAUUUAGCUAUAUUUAUUUCCCUUAAGCCCUGCCACCAUCCUGUUUGGUGCUCAUUACGGACACGAUCACCCUCCCUUUGCCUGUCAUCUGUGGGCACUGCACCAGCUCCCUGGGGCUGUGCCCUCCAGGGCCUGAGAGGCCAGGUGAAAGGGGAAUCACCCGUGCUGGCCCUAGAGCUCCAAGCACUUUAAUCAACCAGAAGUGAAGUGUCAGCCCUGCCCACCUCAGCUGCCAGGAAUGGUGGUUACAUGUCUUUUCUCCCCUGUGCCUCCCACUAGAAGAAAGGAGUCAGACCCACAGAGAGCAGAUGGGGGCUGCUUCAGAGAGGACAUAGCUGCCUUUCCUGUACGAGACCUCUAUAGGAAUCCCAGGCCUGGAGAAAAGGGUGGAUGGAACAGAAGAGAUGUGGGUCUUCAGUGCAUGGGGAGGGCAGGCCACACCAGCUUCCAGGGCUUGGUUUGGGCUGGAGAAAUGGGUCUGAAGGGGCAUGCGGAGAGUUGCCCAUCCCCUCCAGGUAGUGGCUAGGAAUGAAAUGAGCAUGUGAGCUGAGAGUUUCCAGUCCGCUUGCAGGCUGGGACAGGAGCGAUGGUGAUCCUGUUUCCCUAUUCUUGCACCUACCUACUGCCCUUGCUUCUGGUCCAGCAGGUGGGCUGGGAUGCUGUGGUCUCUGUAGGUAUGGCCAUGCUCUGGGGCUGCCACUGCAGCUGUCAGGGCCCUGCCCACAGAGAGCUGUGUGUUCUGAGUGGCACUGUCUGUGUAGAGAUGUGUAUAAUACCCUGUAUAUAUUUGUGUACAAAAGAAAAAAGAAAAAAAUGA